UCGAAUGGUGAAAUAAAAAAGAAUCCUAACCACAAUUUAAAAAAACUCCAACCAACGUGGUAAAAGAAACGGUUCAUUAUGUGACAGUGUGCGUGAUUCCAUGAAUAUGAGUGCGUGUGUUAUAAUGAAAUCACAUGAUCGUACGGUACCCCUGCCAUUGUGUGUAAGCCACUCAAUUCAUGAAUGGUGGUGGGGGUACUAAGAAGUGACUCAAUGACUUUCAAACCAAAUGUCCUCAAAAAUUUUCGGUGGCCAUAACGAAAAAGGUGAAGUGACGUUAUUGUGAUUGAAUUUAAAGUGUCAUGGUUCUACACAAAAGAAAAUGGUCUUGAUAUAAAAACUCAAAAGUGAACUUAGUUCGGCAAAGUUACCAAAAGAAAAUUAAUAAGAAGGGAAAUUAUGGAAAAUAACUCAAUGAGGAAAAUUACAAAAAUGCACGAAAAAUGUGAAAAAACCAAAUUCUGCCAAGAAAAUGAAAAAAAACAAAAAAAAAUUAAGAAUUUUGUGUGAAAAUUUGAAAAAAAAAAGAAAAGAAAUAAUAAUAAAAAUAAGGAAAACGGAACAAAGAAAAAUAAAUUUCUCUGAAAACGGAGCGAUAUUAAUAUAGCCGAAAACAAAAUUUUAAAUAGAAAUGCAGAACAAAAAAGUUUUUGUCUUUUCCUUAAGCUGGCAAAAAAAAACAAGCAAAAAAACUUAUGAAAAACUAAAAUAAAAUUGCGUGUUCUAUUCGAAAAACAAAAAAAUCAGGGCCAAUAGGAGGGAAUUUUAAAAUAUCAGAAAAUCUUAAAAAAAACACUAAAGUGAAAAAGAAAUUUAUCCAAAAAAAAUCCUUCAAACAAAACAAACCACUUUCAUAACUAAUUUGAUCUUUUCUUCUUGUCUAUCUUUCCAGGAAACCCACGUCAUGGACCUGCGAACUCGCAACGGCUGCCUCGCUUGAGAGCAUGAGCCAUGCCAUUUGUGGUCUAACGCUGUGGUGUGCCCAAGAUAAACGAACUGGUAAGUAUCAAAUAGAUGGUGCACCUUGGUGUAUCCUCUAUGACUUCUCCUAGCCGCCUCUCAUCACUCACCACGGCAUCCCUCGCCCCAUGUCCAAGAUGCCAUAGCGAUAGAAAGACGGGUCGACCCGACAUACACCGAGGUCGUCAAGAGGCUCUACCGUGGUUGAGUGAUCUCCUGGGGCCGGCAUCGAGAGAUGACAAUCUCUCGUCCGGACAAAACGCCUUCCGCCGCAACUCGCGUUCCAUGUCCAAGAUGCCAUAGUGAUAGAAAGACGGGUCACCCAUUGCGAGGUUGACAGCGAGCUCUCCGGCGGUCGAGGCACCCCAGAGGUUGGCAGAGAGAAGUAGCACGAAUCAGCGCGUAAUCUUGCGCACAUCACACCACGGGACCCCUCUUGGCGGUUCAGCACUCGCGAGAGCGUAAGACCACGAGUCCACUCCAACAACCUCACCUGGACCAUACGGGUAAGUCCAUGGUAAGUAUUAACACCCUUUUACAGCGCCACCCUAAAUCAAAAAUUGCAAAUAUACACCCCAUUGCACAAUUUGUGCACUCGCCCAAGGAUGUAAGCCCAUGGCUUGGAAAUAUACGCACACUUGUAUAUUUGCCCACUACUGCCUUGAACACACACACACACCCACCAUUCGAGAUGAACCUGAGGUAUAAUAUGGGCACGAGGCAAAAAUCAUUCGGACCUCUGCAACGAUCACCACUUAAGUUAAGUAUAAAUCAUAAAAUACAAUUCAAAUCUAAAUUCUCUUCUAAUUCAUUUAGGUCAUCUUAUGCUACAGUUUACCACAAGACGACGGCUGUUCUACAGCUUGUUCCUUACUGCUAUAGAGAUCCCUGGGACUUAAUUCCUCUGCUAUCUAUCACAGGUUCGUAUCCAAAAUAUGUUAUCACGGAUGGGGUUAGUGACUUACAGCUGCGGCUUCAUAAACAGUUGAUAAAAAUUGGCAAUUCCACACAUAACAGGUGUCUAUAUUGUCCAUUGCUGUUGAUUGGUAAUUGGGAUCGUGACUGCUGCCUUCGGACUGUGCUCCAUGGCGACUACAUAAAGCUUUGCAAGUCUUUACCAUGUAGGACUCACAGGAGCUAGGAUUUAAAUUUAUUCGGAAUCGGACGGACAGGCAGAAAGUCAUAAUUUGGGCUAUUGGCUUUAAAACUAUUGUGGAAGAAGGUGGAAAGUGUCUACCAUUGUCUCCCGAGGAAGUCGCAUGGCUCAUCUGGACUCACAGCCACUUCGACACCAGACUUACUUCCCAUGGAGGCUUUGGACGACACUCUGUUAAUACAAAGUAUCAGUGCCUCUUCAAGCUUAGACGUCGCACUCGACUAGCUUGUCUUAUAAUCAAACUGCUGUCGGGACUUACGCAAAACAUAGAAGGAAACCACAAACACAAAUAUUAACAGCCACACAAUUGAAACGGUCAACCCGAUUGCUCGGGCCC